CGACACCACAGCAGGUUACCUCGACGGGUUCAUGACCGGGCAUGUCUGCAGCCGACUGGUACGCUCACAAGUCUCUCGGAGGCGGACUCUUCUGGAUCCAGGAGCGGUUCUACCAGUCGGAGAACCGGGCCAACAUCUGGCUGCUCCGCGGCUCGCACCAGGACGUGGUGGUAGACACGGGUCUGGGUCUGAGGAGCUUACCUGACUACAUCGACGGGAACGGGCUGCUCGGCCACGACCAGCAGAGGAAGAACCCGCUGCUGGCCAUCGCCACACACGCCCACUUCGACCACUCAGGUGGGCUCCAUCAGUUCACACAGGUGGGCGUCCACAGCGCAGAGGUCGAUGCCCUGGCCAACGGGGACAACUUCGAGACGGCCACCUGGCUCAGCGACAGAGAGAUAGUCGAGGCUCCCAGUCCAGGGUGGAGGGCAAGGAACUACAAAGUCAAGCCUGUGCAGCCCACACACAUCCUGCAGGAGGGUGACGUCAUCAACCUGGGGGACAGACAGCUGACGGUGCUCCACAUGCCUGGCCACUCUCGGGGCAGCAUCUGCCUCCACGACCGUGACAAUAAGUUGCUCUUCAGUGGAGAUGUAGUGUAUGACGGCGCCAUGAUUGACUGGCUGCCCUACAGCCGCGUCAGUGACUACAUCAGCAGUUGUGAACGCCUGGUGGGGCUAGUGGACAGCGAACAGGUUGACCAAGUCCUCCCAGGACACUACAACACCUUUGGUGCGAAGCGGCUUCACCGGAUUGCAACCACAUAUAUCAGCAGAGCUGGAACGUGUCCAGCAAAGUUCUCCACAUUUGCCUGGGGAACUCUGGCUGGUGUGGCGCUGCGGGCAUUCAACCCACGGUGUGCCUGCUAAUGAGAGGGGAUCAUGGCGCUGAAGGAAGCACAAGUGAACAAAGAAAGAUAUUUAAACAUGGAGGGGAGACGCCCCUUAUUUAUCUGUAACUUGAUGUAACAUUGUUCAUUUACUUAUGUAAUCCAACAGACAUCAUAGAAUUGCCAAAAUUUCUGUAAAAUGCCCCAAUUGGGUUACAUAAGUCAAUAAUCAGCAUCAUAUGAAGCAUACAAUAUAAAGUAUUUAUAGUGUAAUUCUGUUCUAUACUAAUUUAUAUGUAUUUGUUGGGUUGAAUAUGAUUAUGUAUGAUUUUUUAUACUUUUAAGCAGUUGUGAAAUUAUAAUAGCACAACAAUGGUACAACUCUGCUCUGCAAACAGCAAGUAGAGUCAGUAUGGCCAUAGUAUUUCUCUAUGCAUUAUACAAUGCUCAGUGAAGACUCAGUGUCGACUACCUCCCACGUUUGUAACAGUGCUUUGUACUAUUGACAAAUCUACGGGUUUGGUACUGAAACAUUGACAAUAA